UACCCAUGUGAGGAGUGUGAACAAACAUUUGCUUACCCUUCAGCUUUAAAGCUUCAUAUUACAAGAUUACAUGUAGCUGAUAAACCAUUUAAAUGUACAGUGUGUGUGAGGAACUUUUCAAGUAAAUAUUGCCUAGAUAAACACUUAACAACUCCGUUACAUGCACUUUCUUGUCCAGAAUGUGGUAAAUUUGUACAUUGUGAAAGAAUUAUAGAACAUCUUAGAUUACAUACAGGAGAAAAACCAUUUGCUUGUAAUAUUUGUGAUAAAAAAUUUAUAGCCAGACUAUCUUUACGCAGACAUUUAAUGGUACAUGUUGGUCUAACUGAACUAACAUGUAGUAUUUGUAAUAAAGAAUUUAGACGUUUAAAUUCAUAUAGAUUUCAUAUGGAUCAACAUAAAAGUAAAGAAGUUCAUAGAUGUGAAGAAUGUGGUGUUGAAUUUCCAUUACUGAAACAACUAAAAUUACAUCUAAUACGUCAUGGAGAACGAAAAUUUAAAUGCACUUACAAAGGUUGCACUUGGAGCUUUGUAUUUAAAAAUGAACUAAAAAUGCAUAUGGUAACACAUACAGGUGAAAAGAAAUAUUUGUGUGAUACAUGUGGUUUUGCUGCUGCAACAAAAUCCCGAUUAGUACGACAUAAAAGAACACAUACUGGAGAAAGAAGAUAUAAUUGUGAAUAUUGUACAUACAAAGCUGGAAAUGGAACACAUCUUAAACGUCAUAUGAGAAUUCAUAUAGGAGCAAAGCCAUUUCAAUGUCCUUAUUGUCCUCACGCUUGUAAUACUCAUGAAAACAUCCGGAAGCAUAUUUUAAAGACAAAAAAACAUGAGGGUUUGCCUGUCUACCCAUGUAAAUUUUGU